AUGCCCCAGAGGUGUACGUUAGGCACCUGCAUUCCGACUUCGAAGCACAAAGCCUUCACUCAUACCCGGGGCGGCAUAGGCGAUAAGUAUGCCCACCUUUUCCUCAAAACUAUUCACAGUCAUUCGAUUCACAGUCUAUCCACUAUGGUGAAAAUUAUCAUAAUAGGUGCAGGCGUUUCAGGCUUAAGUAGUUAUCUCUUCCUGCACAAGCAUCUGCCGUCUUCCGCAUCUCGGUCAUCUCUGGAUAUCAAGAUCUACGACGCGUACGAUGUCAGAGAUUCCGACUUCAUCGGCCUGAAUAACUUCCAUGGCGGCGCAGACAGAGGAGACAGUAAGGAAGAUCCAAGGACAGAGCCGUCAUUUACGCCACAAACGAUCGGUGCCGCAAUUGGCCUUUCGCGGAAUGGUCUGAACGUGCUCGCUCGCUUCGACCCGGAACAAGGAGACGAUGAUUCUAGGCUGAUCAAGAAGGUGGUCUCAUGCGGUCAUCCAUUCCAGCGCUGGGAGGUCAGCACUGCACGGGGCCUCAAAUUGAUGGACACUAACAUCAACACCAAAGACGCUCCUGCUGAACCUCAGGAGAAGAUUCCUGCUUCGUAUCAGGGAGUACUGAUAGCCCGGCAAGCAUUCUGGGAGAUAUUGCGCGACCGCGUCUUGCAGAUUGCCCCAGAACGGAGCAUUUUGCAGCGGAGAAAAGUCACUGGCGUAAUCAUCGGGACAGCAACUUCGCCUAAUAUCGUCCAGUUCGAAGAUGGCACUCAAGAGCAAGCCGAUCUUGUCAUCGGUGCGGACGGACUGCGCAGCGUAUUGAGAAAAUCCAUGUUCGAGUCCAGUGAAAGUGAGGUCGACAUCCAAACUGACGGCGAAGGACCUAAAAGCUGGCUUGGGUCAUGGCUCAAUUGGACUCCUUGGAAGACGAAAUCUCACAAAGCCAAGGUCGAUUAUGUCACUCCGUGUUAUGAGGGCCUGGUCGGACUAGGUGGUUUCAUCCCUUCUUCAGUCCUCCAGUCAGUCGGGCACAAGCCAGGGACCAUGUCCAUUGUCUUUGGACCGAAUGGUUUCGUCGGCUGCGGAUAUCUCACAUCCAGCCUGCCAGCUACAAACUCAACGUCGACUUCUUCUCCAUCUUCUGUCGAACCCAUGACGCCUCCGGUCCCGGGCCCAUUAUCAGGCUGGUGGUCGACGUUUUCCUCUGCAGAUCCGUAUCCGUUCCACUCAGCAUCGCCCAGGAAUCCAAGCACGAAAUCCUUCGACACUCGCCUCGCUCUGGCUGCUUUAGUGGACCGACACUCUACCUGGAAAAACCGCACCGUCGCCGCGAUCGUGAACCACAUCGAAUCAUCGAUACGUGAGAGGGAUGCAAGUGGUAACGUUAGUAGCUCGACCAACCCAUCUACCACGGCCGUGUCGCCCUGCAUCGAUACAACCCCUUUGAAACAAUCCCCUCUGAACACAGUACCCGGAGCCGGCGACAACCGCAGGACAGAAGGUCCAACUCAAGAUCCGGCCCAUCAUUCAGCCCUGACGCACUUCGACCCCCUGUUGGGCCUGCAAACGAGCUAUCCAACCUACACCACCCCCGAACUGCCGUACUGGCACGUAGGCGGCCGUGCGAUCCUCAUCGGCGACGCGGCGCACGCAUUACAACCAAGCUCCGGCCAGGGUGCCAGCCAAGCUCUCGAGGACGCCGAAGCCUUGUCACUUCUUUUGGCGGACUUUUUCUCUCCCUUCCUUUCCUCAUCCGCGUCCACGUCCUCGACCUCCCAAGACGAAAACAACAACACCACUGCCGCCGUCAGGACCGCCUUGGAAAUCUUUGAGUCCAUCCGCAAGCCGCGCGUACACAUGAUCCACGACCACUCUCAAAAGAUGAGCCGGAUGAAAGGCGACAUGGGUCUGAUGAUGGAAUGGCUGAUGUACUUGAUCAUCUGGCUUACUUCAAUGUUCUAUGACCGUCACAACAAGCAGCUUUUCGACUACGAUCUUCCGUUCGAGGUACAGGAGGCCGUCAAAAGCCGUGGAGAGGCACAGUUACAUCGGCGCUGA